UUUUUUCUUUUUCUUUUUCUUUCCAUAUAGUUUUAUUUAAGAAAAAGAAUAAGCUGGUUAUUUAUCUACAAUAUCACGUCGAAUUUUUUGCAUACGUCGUCUAAAAAAGAAUUGUUGGCAGACUCGUUUGUUUCUUACAAACAAGCUGACAAAAGAAAACGACCAAGGUUGAUGGGCAUUCCAGUCAAUUCACAAUACAAGUUAUAUUCGUUAUGCUGGUAAGCAAAUAAACAGAGAUCUCGACUUGUCUUUUUUUUAUUGAAUUUUUUAUUAGUUUUGUAUCUCUUGGUGGAUUUAUGUUUAGUUAUGACAGUGGGACAAUUACAACUGUCACUGUUAUGCCCUCCUUUUUGAAAAGGUAUAACUUGUAUAGCGAUACACCAGCAGGAUAUGCUAUUGUACCAGUCUCUUUAGCUGCUUCCUUUGUUGCCUCAUUUGUUUCUGGAUUUGUGGCAGAUGGACUAGGCAGAAAAAACUUUUUUUAUGUAGCGUCUGUUAUUCAUGAAAUAGGUUGUGUCAUUGAAAUUGCAGGUCAAAGUCAAACCACCUUUUUCAUUGGUCGUAUUCUUACUGGAUUUGCAGUGGGGAUCUACAGUAUGCUUGUUCCUCUAUAUCAAAGUGAAGUUGCAAGACCACAAAACAGAGGUCGCUUAAUUACUUUUUAUCAAAUCUUUGUUACCAUGGGGUUUUUUAUUGCAUUUUGGGUGGGCUAUGGUGCUUAUAAGAUUGACAGUGAUUCAGCAUGGCGAAUACCUGUUGCUCUACAACUUGUGGCUGGGUUUAUCUUACUUGUAGGCAUCUAUUUCAUCUAUGAAAGUCCGCGUUGGUUGAUCUACAAAGACCGAAAUGCAGAAGCACUCAAAAUCCUGGCUCAAUUACGGUCUCAGGGAAAUGAGCGUGAUGUAGAUGUACAGAUGGAAUUUACAGGUAUUGUGCAGGAUGUGACGUUUGACAAGAUGGCCUAUAAACAAAGGUUUAUGAGUCUACUACGGAAAGGGAUUGACAACAAUCGAAAAAGAACAUUGCUCGGUAUGGGAGUGCAUGCAUUUACUCAAUUGUCUGGUAUCAAUGCCAUCUUGUUUUAUUUGCCCUACAUACUUCAGUCUGUGGGAAUAAGAGAAAUUGUGUCUACUUUAUUGGGUAAUGGUGUUGCUGGUUUGAUUAAUUUUGUAGCUACUAUCUUUGUUAUGUUCUAUAUUGACAAGUGUGAUCGUCGUCGUAUCUUAGUGGUAGGUGCAUUGGCCAUGGCUGUUUGUAUGAUAGCUAUCACGAUUGUGUCUGCUAUCUUUAAUCAACAACUACUCAGCAUGCACAAUGCUCCCUCUGUGACUUCAACAGAGGUUACUAGUGCCAUUGACAACCAAAAUGCUGGUUAUGCUAUCAUGGUCUUGCUGUGUAUUUUCCUCGUCUUUUUUGCUAUGAGUUGGGGUCCUGUUGGAUGGAUCUAUCCCGCUGAAAUUUACCCUCAAAUGAUUCGAGCCAAUGCUAUGGGCGUCACUACCUCCUGUAGUUACCUCGUCAAUCUGUUUGUUUCGCUUGUCUCGCCCAUCAUGUUUCGUAAUAUUUGGUGGGGCACCUAUUUAUUUUUCGGCGUAUGGUGUAUUAUCAUGGCUAUGGUUGUCCAUGCCUAUUACCCAGAGACCCGAGGCCGUUCAUUAGAAGAGAUCCAAUUGAUCUUUAGCGGUGCUCUGAUUGAUCAACGACCUGAUGCACAUCAUCCAGCCACAGCUGCAGAAGCCCUGAUUCAUUUAGAACAAAUGCGACAUCAAGAUACAUUGGCUGCUGCUAAACAUCGGUCCCGCUCACAAUUUAAUUUUGACUUGCCAGAGAUGAUGGUAGUUUCAAGUCCACGCAAUGUUUCUCGAGCACUGAAUCGAAGAGUGUCGCAGGUAUAUCCGGAUAAUCGGUCUGCGUCUCAUCAUUCAUUGGCGUCUUGGCCUUCUGGAACACGAAAAGAAGAAGACGGUCAUUCUUCUGUAUCUUCUAUUGAAUUGACUAUCAAAAGAAGUUAUACACAAAAUAGUGCACCAGAACUAGAUCGUAAUAGUCAUAGUAGUAUUCAUUAAUGUUGUAUGUAAAUAUAUAUAUUUAUAAUAUCUAUGUUAGAUAGAUUGUAAUUAUAACAACUGCUCCUUUCUUCUUUGUGCACAACCUUGGUUGAUAUGAAAGUCUUUGAACAGAAACGAUAAAAAGGCUUGUCUUUAAUAAAGAUCGCUUUGGACUUAGGAUAUGAUAUUGCUUGUCCUUUAAGAUACAUUCUUCUUUUUUAAGCUUUGUCCAUGAAUUUGUUAUCCAAUCAUACUCCAUCGCGUAUCUAGAAGAUUUUUGUACAAAAAGGAAUCACCGCGCAUUCUCUUUCUUUCUUUCUUUCUUUUCUCUUUUGUAUAUCUUGACU